AAGCCAGCGACACAGCGAGCAGACCCUGAGCAGGGAGAAGUUACCUUCACCGCUACUGAACCCCACCCGUCCCCCAAAAAAAUGCCCCAAAACGUGGUACUGAACGGACCGGGCCCCUGGGGAUUCCGACUGACCGGCGGGGCUGAUUUUAACCAAAGUUUGACCGUCUCUCGGGUGACACCUGGAAGCAAAGCUUCACUGGCUAAUCUCUCCCCAGGCGAUGUUAUUCUGGCCAUCGAUGGAGCGAGCACAGACAACAUGGCUCAUGUUGAUGCACAGAACAGAAUCAAGGCUGCAUACGACAUGCUGAGCCUCAAGAUCGACAGACCUGAAACAAAGCUCUGGUCUCCUCAAGUGAGUGAAGGUGGCAAAGCAAAUCCAUUCAAGAUUAAUUUGGAGGCAGAACCACAGGAAAUCAAAUCUAUUGGCGAGUCCCAUAACAGGAAAGCCCAGCCGUUUCUGGCGGGAAACAUUGAUGAGAACAGGCAGGUAGUCAGCUCCAGCUAUAAUACCCCAAUUGGCCUGUACUCAGCCGGCAACAUACAGGAUGCCCUGCAGGGCCAACUCCGAGGCCUGGUCAUUGAGCCACAGGAGACGUCAGACCCAGCGCCUGGAGUUCAACAGUCGGAUGUUUAUAAAAUGUUGCACGAAGACCAGGAGGAGAGCAAUGAGCCGAGACAAUCUGGCUCCUUCCGGGCAAUCCAGGACUACCUGGAGUCAGAUGAAAGUGCUGACAAAGGCAAUCGCCCAGCUGUGACCAAAAGCGUGAGAGCUCCAGUGACGAAGGUCGGUGCGUCGGCGGGUAGCGUUCAGAAGCUGCCGCUCUGUGACAAGUGCGGAAACGGAAUUGUUGGGACGGUGGUGAAAGCUCGUGACAAGUACCGGCACCCCGAGUGCUUUGUCUGCGCGGACUGUGAGGUGAAUCUCAAGCAGAAGGGAUACUUCUUCAUCGAAGGACAGCUCUACUGCGAAGACCACGCCAGGGCGCGGACCAAGCCGCCUGAGGGAUAUGACGCCAUGCCUGUCUAUCCCAACAUGAAAGCUUAAUACCUCCUGGCAGGGAAUGAACGAAGAAAUAACCCAAAGCAUCAAUGAUCGGGAGAAACCGGCCUCGAUCCAAACACAGUUACAUACAAAACGCUGGACUAACUCAGCGGGACAAGCAGCAUCUAUGGAUAGAAGGACUGAAGAAGGGUCUUGACCCGAAAAGUCACCCGUACCUUCUCACCAGAGAUGCCACCUGUCCCGUUGAGUCACUCCAGCAUUUUGCGUCUAUCUUCGGUUUAAACCAGCAUCUGCUGUUCCUUCCGACACAGUUAGACACAAUAUAUGUAGAAAGGGACUGUAGAUGCCAUUUUACACCGAAGGUAGGCACAAAAUACUUGGGCAGCUUACCCCCCUUAUCCCCUUAUCAUGUUAUUCCCUUAUCAUGUAUCUAUACACUGUAAAUGGCUCGAUUGUAAUCAUGUAUUGUCUUCCUGCUGACUGGUUAGCACGCAACAAAAGCUUUUCACUGUACCUCGGCACACGUGACAAUAAACUAAAGCUGAAGCUAUGACUGAAACUGAA